CCUCCAACCCUUUCCCAGGAUCUGACUUUCCCAACACGGCCCGCCAGCGCCCAUCUCUCUCCACGCGUCACGCCGCCGCGCGGCCGGCCGUCGCCGGCCGGGAACCCAGUCAGUCUCCGCUCCCGCCAUAACUUAAACGCCCCACGGAGCACGAAAUACCCGUCCUGCCCCUGCCUCUCCCCACACCGACCCCGGGCCGGCCGGUGCCUGUUCCGGUCAUUUCCCGCCUCGCGUGAGCCGCUUGCCGAGUCCACCUUCACCUCAGAACAAAACCGUCCCCGUCGCCGUGCGACCGCAGCCGCAGCGCGACGCGAUGGCCGGACCGACGCCGACCUACUCCGCGAUCGUGUCCCACACCGCCGCCUUCCUCGCGGAGCUCAUCGCCGACCCGCUCCUGCGUCGUCACCUCCUCUCGGCGGCGGCGGCCGCGGACGGGCAGCAGCACCCGGCCGCCACGCUCCAGGCGCUGUCCCUCGUGUCGGACGCGCUCGACACCGCGGCCUCGGGCUCGCCGUCGCCAUCCCCGUCGUCGCUCCGCGCCGCAGAGCGCCUGCUGCGGUCGCUGCCGGCCGCCACCCCGCUCUCGUGCCUCCUCCUCGCGCUGGCCCGCGCCGCGCGCCGCGGCGGCGGGGCGGCGGCCGCGGCCGCCGUGCUCGACCUCUUCGCGCUGGACCCCGCGCUGGCGCGCCACGAGCUCGCGCCCACCGUCUUCGAGGCGCUCUUCGCGCCGCGGCUCCUCCCCGUCAUGCGCCACUUCGCGGCGCGCCGCGCCUCGGCCGCGGUGGCCGCCGCCGCGGCCAAGGCCAAGGACGAGGAUGGCGGGUCGGACGAGGCCACGGCGGUGUCGGCGAUGCGGGUCCUGUCGCUCAUGAGCGGCGCGCAGGCGCAGGAGAUGAGGGCGCUAGAGCGGGAGUACGAGAAGGUGCUCGACGCCAACUGCAAGGCGUACGCGCACUACCUCAAGAGGAUCCUGGAGGCCGGCGAGCCAUCAUCGACGGCGGUGUCGCCGUCGCCUCCUCCUCCGGAGCUCGUGUUCGGCGUCGGGGACGACGGAGACAGUCGCGGCGACGAGGACGCCGCGCCGGAGAACGACGACUCUGUUGCCAGCUCGCAGAGUGAACUACGGGACAAUCCGAUGUGGGCGGAGGCGGAGGAGCAGCCGGGUGAUCUUUACCCGCGGCGGCAGAGCAGCAUCAGGGGCAGGAAGGACCUCAUGAGGCCGCCAAGCCUGUACCCGCAGCGCGUGCCGCCGCACCUCAUAGUGCAGCAGCAGCAGCAGCAGCAGCAAGCGCCGCCGCCGGUGGGCAGAGGGAGCCCGGCGUCAAGGAUCCGAGCGGAGCACUCGCGGUCGCGGUCGACGGCGGCCGCGCCAUCAGACGACAGCACGGAGGAGUCUUCCUCCGAGCUCCGUGACGGCAAAGAGGAAAAGAUCGCAGCGCCGCCACUGUCCUCCAAGCAGCCACGCCUACGCGCCGACGCCGGCCGGCUGUCUCCGGAGCCAGCGAGCAGCAGCUCCCCAGCGCGCGGCAACGACGACACGCCGGGGCCUCUGCCGACGCCCAAGGACUUCGUGUGCCCGAUCACCAGCCAGGUGUUCGACGACCCGGUGACGCUCGAGACCGGGCAGACGUACGAGCGGCGCGCCAUCCAGGAGUGGCUGGACCGGGGCAACUCCACCUGCCCCAUCACCCGCCAGCGCCUCCACGGCGCGCAGCUGCCCAAGACCAACUACGUCCUCAAGCGCCUCAUCGGCGCCUGGUGGGAUCAGCAGCCGCAGCCGCAGCGGCGGUCGUCCCCUUCCCCUUCCCCUUCCCCGCCGCCAGCCACGCCUCCUCCGGCGACGAUCGCCAUGGCGGGCGACAGUCCCGCGACGCCGCCGCCGUUCCUCCUCCCCGUCAAGGCGGCGGCCACCUCGUCGACGUCACCGGACGCCAACACCAGCGCCAGCGCGCCGUCGCCCACUAGCGUCAUCGCGCAGGCCUCGCUCGAGAGCGCCGUGGCCGAGCUCCGCGCCGCCGUGUCCUGCCUCUGCACGUCCGAGGACCUGUCGCAGUCCGAGCGGUCGGUGCUCAAGAUCGAGCGCCUCUGGCGUGACGCCACCGCCGCCGGUAGCUCCGAGGCCGAGCCGGCCAUUCUCGCCGCGCUCGCCAGGCCCGCCGUCGUGAACGGUUUCGUGGAGAUCCUCUUCAACUCCGUCAGCGCGCAGGUGCUUCGGGUCGCCGUGUUCCUCCUCGCCGAACUCGCGUCCCGGGACGACGCCGUCGUGCAGACGCUCACCAGGGUCGACUCGGACGUCGAUUGCCUCGCCGCGCUCUUCAAGAAAGGCCUGGCGGAGGCCGCCGUGCUCAUCUGCCUCCUGUCGCCCGCGCCCGAGCAACUCGUCGAGAUGGACCUGGCGGAGGCGCUCGUCGCCACCAUCCGCCGCGGCGGCGACGAGGACCCGCUCAAGAUGUGCGUCAGCCCCAAGGCCGCGUCGGUCAUCCUCCUCAGCCAGAUCCUCGUGGAGGCUGCCGGCGCGACUGACAGCUCCACGUCGCCGGUGCCCAGGUCCGCGCUGCUGUCCGAGAGGUUCAUUCGGAGCCUCGCCGCCAGCCUGGAGGCCGAGCCGGUGGAGGAGAGGCUGGCCGCCAUGCGGAUCCUCCUCAGGUGCAUCUGGGAGGACGGUCACUGCCGGAGCAGCAUCGCCGAGAAGGCGUCCCUCAGCGCCGUCCUCGACGCCUUCCACACCGUCGGCGACGCCGACAAAAUCGACAUCGUGCGCUUCCUCUACGAGCUGCUCAAGCUGAAAAAGCGAUCGGCGGCAGAGCGUCUUCUUCGCAGCAUCAAGGAGGGUAGCUCCUUCAGCAUGAUGCACACGAUGCUCGUGUACCUGCAGUCCGCGCCGCCGGAGCACGCCCCUGUCGUGGCGGGGCUCCUCCUCCAGCUUGAUCUCCUGGUGGAGCCGAGGAAGAUCAGCAUGUACCGCGAGGAAGCCGUGGACUGCCUCAUCCAGUGCCUGAAGAACACCGACUUCCCGCGGUGCCAGCUCCUCGCCGCCGAGACCAUCAUGUGCCUCCCGGGGAAAUUUUCGUCGUCGGGGAGGCCGCUCGCCCGGUCCACGCUGCUCAAGCUGGCCAGGGUCAAGGAAAGGUACCGGCAGUCGCAGGACCUGAGCGCUGCUCGCGCCGACGCCGAGGACGAGAUGGAGGAAGGGAAGACGGCGACGGACUGGGAGAGGAAGGCGGCGUACGCGGUGGUGAGCCACGAGUUCGGUCUGGUGUUCGAGGCCCUCUCGGAGUGCCUCAGGACCAAGAACGUGGAGCUGUUCACUACGAGCCUCGUGUGCGCUACCUGGCUAGUGUACAUGCUCUCCCUCCUCCCCGAGACCGGCGUCCUCGGGGCCGCCCGGGUCUGCCUGCUCCGCCAGUUCGUCGUCGUGCUCCGCUCUGCCAAGCACGGCAGCGACAGGGUCCUCGCCAUGGUCGCGCUCAGGAGCUUCAUGAACGACCGCGAGGGGAUGCACGACAUCACGACGUACAUCAAGGACGUGCUCAAGACGCUGAGGGAGCUCAAGAAAUCCUCCGGGCUCGCGUUCGAGAUGCUCAAGCUGCUAUCAGACGGCCAGGAAUCCAGCGUCGACAUGUGGAGCCACAAGGAGAUCAACCAGGUAGACUGCAGCUCCAACGGCGAGGUGACGUCGGUCGUUUACCUCAAGAACUACAUCUUCUCCGGCCACUCUGACGGCACACUCAAGGUAUGGGAAGGGAGCGAAAACAUCCUUCGUCUUGUCCACGAGGCUCAGGAGCACACGAAAGCCAUCACCAGCUUGUCAGUCCUGCAAUCGGAGGAGAAGCUUUUCAGUGGGUCACUGGACAGAAGUAUAAGGGUGUGGCAGUUCCGGGACGGCGUGCUCCGGUGCGUCGAGGUCCAUGACACGAGAGACCCCGUGCAGAGCCUUGCCGUCGCAAGCGCCGUGGCCUGCUUCGUGCCGCAAGGCGCCGGCGUCAAGGUGCUGAGCUGGAACAGUGGCAACUCCAAGCUCCUGAACCCCAACAAGUACGUGAGGUCCAUGGCGCUGGUGCACGGCAAGCUCUUCUGCGGCUGCAACGACGGCAGCAUUCAGGAGAUUGAUCUGGCGAGUGGCACGCUGGGCGUGAUCCAGUCCGGCAGCAAGAGGAUCCUGGGCAAGGCGAGCCCGGUCUACGCGCUGCAGGUCCACGACGGGCUGCUCUACACCGGGAGCACGCCGUCGUCGUCCGUGGACGGCGGCGCGUCCGUCAAGGUGUGGAGCUGCGCCAACUACGGCCUCGUCGGCUCCAUGGCGACAGCGGCGGAGGCGCGGUCGCUGGUCGUGAGCGCCGACCUCAUCUACGUCGCCUCCAGGACCGCCGCCGUGGAGAUCUGGUCCAGGGAGAAGCUCGCCAGGAUCGGCACGCUGCAGGCGGGCGGCCCCGGGUGCCGCGUCCAGUGCAUGGCUGUCGACGCCGACGGCGACGUCCUCGUCGUCGGGACGUCGGACGGCAGGAUCCAGGCGUGGGGAUUGACUUGACAAGACGAAGAAUGAUUGGGUGUACAGGAGUCAGACGAUUGGUGAAUAAAAUGUGGAAAUACGAGUUGCAUAUGCCGAUUUUUCUUUGUUUUUUGUCACCUGGCACGAUUUUGCACGAUCUGCUAAGUGUAGAUAUCGACCUUUUAAUGA